UAAUUUUAUUGUCAGAAGGAAUUCUAUGAAGACAUAGUUAGUGUGUUAAUGAUAGUACAGUUUAUAGAGUGUCAAAUAUUAAUUUAGAGCUGAUUUAGAUUUUGAUCAUACUGCAAGUUUUUGGAGUGUGCUGAAGUCAUACGAUUUCGAAAUGUCUGACAAAAGAGAGGACGUUGAGAAUAGUUAUGAAAAAGCUAAAAGUACAGGAUCAGUUGACGACCAGUAUAAAGUAUUUAUUGUAUACAACACUGAAACAGAUGAAAUUGAAACCGCCUGCAAAGUUGCAAAUGCAUUAACAAAAAGGUCAGUUUCUUGCGUUUUUGAUGUUGAAGACCACCAAGCUUUCCCUAUUGGAGAACCAGUGACAGAAAAUAUUGUUAAAUGGAUUGAAAACUCGGAAAAGACGUUGGUGAUACUUAGUAAAGAUUCAAUAAAAAGUACAUGUCAGCUACUACAAACUAUUCUUGCUCUCGACAAAUGUAAGAAGAAAAACAUCUUUUGUCUACGACUAUUACUGCACGGGGUAGAUGAAAAUGAAAUACAAUUUUUGAAAAGGGAUUUCUUGCAAUCAGUUCCUUGUAGAAAAUUAGAUUUCGACCAAGAUGGAUGGGAGAAGUGUCUUGUAUCUUACAUAAAUGAGGACAUACCUAUUCCAGACAUACUGCCUGUUGGGAGUCUUGCACACGGAUUGGUUUUCUCACAUUUUAAUGGCUAUUACAAAUAUAUUUUGCCAGUGCUUCAAAAAGAACUUGAAAAAACCGACGUGUAUAAAAACAACCCAGGGAGAGUAUCGGUACGUUAUUAUUUACUCAUUCCAAGCACGUGCGAGGUUGUUAGCAGUUUAAGCGGUUGUGACAGCAAAAAUAAAAUCACAAUAGAAGAAGAAACAAUACUAAAGUUAGAAAAGGAACAUGUAGGAAAGGAUCGAGAAUUCAAUAUUACUAUUUACAGGUUAAAGAAAGGUGACGAGGACCCUUACUAUUUUUUCGCUGAUUGUCCAAACGUGUUGAAUGCUAUUCACACAAUGUCAAAGGAGAAAAUGGCUAAAGUUGAUGUACAGUUACAGGUGGCCCGUUUCUACCAUACAAUGAACGAGGUCAUUCAUCAUACAAAGAACGAGUUUUGCCAGGAUGUUGCUGUAGAACUUCUUCCUUACAAUGCUGUGGGCGAAACUAGGCAAUGUGUUUUAUACGACGCCAUUAAGCGAAACUUGUGUAAAACGGACUCAAAACAGCAGUGCACUCCACACAGACUUCGUUCGCCUAAUGCAAAGCAACCUGAAAACGAUGUCACAAUACUGUGCCACCCUGAUUGCAGUAACGAUCUGCUUCACGCAGAUAAAAUUGAAGAAGAAUUAGUUAAAAACAACCUUAAAGUUGUUAAGGAUUAUGAGAGAGGAAAUGAAUCAGAGCAGACAAUAAAGCCAGCGAAGUGGUACAUUUUGGUGGUAUCAAAAACAACAUUUAACUCGACUAAUCUAACUGCUUUCAAAUGUGCAGCGUGUUUAGACAACAGUAUAACAGAUGAUUCAGUUAGCGUUUUACCUGUUUUGGUUGGAGUUGAACCUUGCGAAAUCCCGGCAAUGAUUAGAUGGGUCACAAUGAUCAGUGUGAACGACCAUAACUACCUCGAAGCCAUACUACAAAUUGUGAAAGGACAGCCUGUAAGGAUGCAAGACAAGAUACCAUGUGGAGAUGUUGCAACAGGUCUAGCGUGGGCAUGUUAUAUUAAUUACCUGUCAAUCACAAUGGAACCAGGUUUACGUGAUAGAAUUGUGAAACUGAUGAAAAGUAAAGCUGUCAUGUGUGACUGCAUUGAGAAGUUGUUUAUCAUAGUGCCGCUAUCUUGUAAAACAGAACCAAAGCUUGCAGAAAAGGCCAAUGAAACAAGCGAGACACCAGUAAUACAGUAUGUUGGAAAAAGUGAAGUGGUGGAAAAGGAGAUGGCCGGUCAGCAUCGUACAUUUUAUAUUCACAUGUAUAAAUAUACCGACCCAGAAACUGAAAAUAGUGUGUGCUUUAUGAGUGAAUAUUGUGCGGCAAUCAAUAAUAUCAAAGAAAUGGGCAAUCUUCCAUUUUCUGGAAUAACGAGGGAGGACAUGAGCAGACAGUGUGAAAAGUUUGUAGAAGUAAUGGAAGAUAUUAUGAAUAGAAAGGCAGUGAAGGAUAAACUCGGGGACAUCAGCAAACUUGUUCACUUUGUUUUCUAUGACGAUUCAAAACAGACAUUGAUUGAAGCUAUAAAGGAACAGAUCAUUGGGGGAGAUUACAAUAUGAUUUGCAGAAAAGAUCAUUAUCAUUAUUUUCUACGUAAUAUUUUGAUAUUCUUCAUCAUUUUCCUUAUCAUCUUGACAUUACUUUGGUGGUUUUUAGCGUCACUUGUUCCUUCGGACUCACAAGGAGAAGGGACAUGUUACAAAAAAAACACAUGUCACGUUUAAAUGCAUUUAUAAAACAGAUAAAGCACCCAUGUUAUAAAGGAAGACUAGUAAUAGUAAAAUAGUAAAAAAAAUCAAGUUUUUCUCCUCUACUUUGUCUAACAAUAGUAAGCAUGACUGGAUUUUUUAUUGUCAACUGUUUGGUUUAUGAUCAUCAGAGUUAACAUAAGCAAAUUCUUUAAUGUCAAGUGUUUCUUUUUCGGGUAAGCAGAUUUUAAAUGAUAACUUUUUGUCAAGUCUUUCGUUUUGGUGUAAGCAGAAUUAAGAUGAUCAGAGUCUUAUAUGUCAAUACUAAGUGUUUCGUUUUAAUGGAAGAUAAACAUAUUCUUCAUUGUCAAGUAUUUCGCUUUAUGAUAAUCUGAGUUUAGAUGAUCAAAUUCUUGAAUGCCAGUUGUUUGGUUUUAACGGAUUUUUUAUGUUAACUGUCCGGCUUACGUGUAAGCAGAGUUAAAAAUACCAAUUAUUUAAUAUAAAGUGUAUGGCUUUAGUGUAAGCAGAGUUAAGAUAAUCAAUAAUUUAAUGUCAUCUGUACGGCUUUUAGUGUAAUAGAGUUAAGAUAACCGAUCAUUUAAUAUCAACUGUUCGGCAUUAGUGUAAACAGAGUUAAAAUGACCAAACAUUUAAUGUCAACUGUUCGGCUUUAGUGUAAGCAGAGUUAAAAUGACCAAUCAUUUAAUGUCAAUUCUACGGCUUUAGUGUAAGCAGAGUUAAGAUGACCUAUCAUUUAGUGUCAAUUGUGCGGCUUUAGUGUAAACAUAGUUAAGAUGACCAAUCAUUCAAUGUCAAUUGAACGGCUUUAGUGUAAACAUAGUUAAGAUGACCAAUCAUUCAAUGUCAAUUGAACGGCUUUAGUGUAAACAUAGUUAAUAUGACCAAUCAUUCCAUGUCAAUUGAACGGCUUUAUUGUAAACAUAGUUAAGAUGACCAAUCAUUUAAUGUCGAUUGUACGGCUUUUUUGUAAGCAGAGUUAAGAUGACCUAUCAUUCAAUGUCAACUGUACGGUUUUAUUGUAAGCAGAGUUAAGAUGACCUAUCAUUUAAUGUCGAUUGUACGGCUUUUUUGUAAAUAUAGUUAAGAUGACCUAUCAUUUAAUGUCAAUUGUACGGCUUUUUUGUAAGCAGAGUUAAGAUGACCUAUCAUUUAAUGUCAAUUGUACGGCUUUUUUGUAAGCAGAGUUAAGAUGACCUAUCAUUUAAUGUCAACUGUACGGCUUUAUUGUAAACAUAGUUAAGAUGACCAAUCACUUAAUGUCAAUUGUACGGCUUUAGUGUAAGCAGAGUUAAGAUGACCUAUCAUUCAAUGUCAACUGUACGGUUUUAUUGUAAGCAGAGUUAAGAUGACCUAUCAUUUUAUGUCGAUUGUACGGCUUUUUGUAAGCAGAGUAAAGAUGACCUAUCAUUUGAUGUCGAUUGUACGGCUUUUUUGUAAGCAGAGUUAAGAUGACCUAUCGUUUAAUGUCAACUGUUCGGCAUUAGUGUAAACAGAGUUAAGAUGACCUAUCAUUUAAUGUUAAUUGAACGGCUUUUUUGUAAACAGAGUUAAGAUGACCUAUCAUUUAAUGUCAACUUUUCGGCAUUAGUGUAAACAGAGUUAAGAUGACCUAUCAUUUAAUGUCAAUUGAACGGCUUUAGUGUAAAUAGAGUUAAGAUGACCUAUCAUUUAAUGCCAAUUGUACGGCUUUAUUGUAAACAGAAUUAAGAUGACCUAUCAUUUAAUGUCAAUUGAACGGCUUUAGUGUAAACAGAGUUAAGAUGACCUAUCAUUAAAUGUCAAUUGAACAGCUUUAGUGUAAAUAGAGUUAAGAUGGCCUAUCAUUUAAUGUUAAUUGAACGGCUUUAGUGAAAGACAGAGUUAAGAUGAUCUAUCAUUUAAUGUCAAUUGAACGGCUUUAGUGUAAAUAGAGUUAAGAUGACCUAUCAUUUAAUGCCAAUUGUACGGCAUAAGUGUCAACAGAGAUAAGAUGCUCAGAUUCUUUGGUGUCUACUGUUCGAUUUAAGGGUCAGCAAAAUUAACACAUUCUAUUUUAUAUCAAUAGUUGGGUUUAAUGGUCACCAUAGUUAAGAUGUCCAGAUUCUUCUUUGGCAACUGUUCGGAUUGAGUAACAUGGUUAGGACGGUCGAGCUUUUUAUUGUCAGUUGUUCCAGUAUUAGAAGAAGCCGUGUAAAUGUACUUUCAAAGAAUACAUAUCAUUUACAUUUAUAACCGUUUUAAUUUGUGUCAUUUAAUUUUCAAUAUAUAUCUGCAUGUCAUUUGUUAUCAUCUAUUUAUUUGGAUUUUGUAUGUCUUUUUUCACCCUGGUCAUUAUUAUUACAUGUAUAUUGUACGAGGGUUGUCCAAAAAAUUCGUACAUUGCAGUUAUUGUCGUGAGAGUGAUUAAUAAAAACAAAUGAAUUAUAUAUCACUUGAAUGGUAGAUAGAUAGAUACUUUUUAUUCCUCCAAUAUUGAAGAGCAAAACAUAUUUACAAAACCGAACAAUAACAGAGCAUGGCAUAUGUACAAUAAAUUACAAAUCAUAACAUCUAAGCAAACAUCAUUUGUUAUACAAUUCUUUCAGAACGAAUAAAUAUAUGGAGAUAUGCUGAUAUCUACAUUUAUCUCAUUUAUGACAUAAAAUGUAUGUAACAGACUUUAAUUAUAUAAAAACGUAUAUUUGUCUCAAAUAAGAAAACAAAAGAAAAAGCCGAGUAACCGGCGUGUCGAGUAAAUGAAUGGUCAUUAAAAUACCUAAGUAACGUAAUACCGGCGCACGACAAAAAUUGGGUAAGCUCAUUCCUGUAAUUGUAUUAAUUGUUUGUUGCUUGUAAAGUGGCAUUUGCUUUGUUGUUAUAAUUUGUUUUACUGUCAAAAGAGGAAUGAUUGAUACAAAGUAUUUUGUAGUUUUUAUUGUUCUUAUGCAACGGACAUGUAACAUAUUCCACCAGUGCACCAAUAUAUUGGGCAACCCUCGUCACAUAGUCCUGCAUUAUGGACGGACGUCUGCCUGACCGGUUGACAUCGUCUACCGACUCUCGCCCUUCUACGACCGUUACAAUAUGGCAAAUGACGUCAUAUUUUCUAGUGACGUUAGGAAUACGUACACAUACUUUUCCCUGAAUUUUUACGUUUAUAUGUAGUGUUUAAAGAAUACCGUGAUGCAUCAAAGUAAUGAACUAACCCAAUUUUUGUCGUGCGCCGGUAUUACGUUACGAAGGUAACUGUAGGAGGUGUAGAUAGCAUGUGUACAUAUAGGAUGUGUUUUUUUAAGGCUCUAAAACAAACUGAAAAAUAAGUGAAUUUUACAGGAGUAAUCUAAACAAAACUUAUAUUGGAUUAUUUGUGAAGGUAUGAGCUUCUGUAAACUGUAAAAAAAUAUAAGAAAUAAUGAAAGAUAAAAAAGAUAUAAAGGCAAAUAAGUAGACAAUAGAAGAAAGGUAUUUGAUAGUUAUAGUUCUGCACCAGUGGUCAGCAGUGAUGGUCAUCAACUAGUGAGAUAACAGUAAUUAACAGUAAAAUUGUAUGUGUAGAAAUAUACUCUAUUGUAAGGUGUAAAAUAAGUUACACAUUGAUAUAUAUUGACAUUAAUUGAGAUAAACAUGGGUAUAGACAUAACAGUAUAUCGUAUAAGGAUUGGACUAUUUGGGCCGGGGAGAGGUGUAAGUUGUCGAAAUGUCAAGAGAAAUGAGGCUUCAAAUACAGGUUCAGAUAUACACUACAGGAUGUUUUUUGAUGGGAUUCUGGCUCA